CCCUCAGUAGUUUGGUCUUCCUUUCCAUGGGAGAACUCCUCUAACCGGACUUUCCUCUCCAGUUUCCCCAGCAGAGGAGGAAGUUAACUUGGGCUGGUUCACCUCUCCGCCGCGUCACCCCUGAAAACAUCCAGAGGAACCUGCGCGGUUUUGUCCCACCAGAAACUUUUUCUGUUUGAGAAACUUCUAACUUUCUGCAGUUGGUGUUGUUUUUGUGGGGGGUCUGAGCUGAUCCGCUCCACUGAUCCAUCAAGAUGUCUGUCGAAGCGCGCCAGAAGACUACGACCACCUACCGGACCGUGAAUGUCGCCUCUCAGGAGCCGGUAACGUCUACGACCACUUACCGGACCGUGAAUGUCGCCUCUCAGGAGCCGGUAAUGUCUGCGACGACCUACCGGACCGUGAACGUGGCCUCUCCGGAGCCUGUGGCGUCUACGGCGACCUACCGGACCGUGAAAUUGGCCUCUCCGGAGCCGAUCACCAACACGGUGAUCUCGGCCGGGUCCGUGUCCCCGCUGCAGUAUGCGGUGGACGGCUCUUAUCAGACGAUGCGGUACCUGGUCCCGAUGCAGCAGCCCGUGCAGCAGCAGUCCUUCGUCCUGAUGCAGCAGCCCAUGAUGCAGCAGCAUUUGAUCCAGCAGCCUAUGAUGCAGCAGCAGAUGGUGUCCCCGGUGUACCUGCAGAGUAUGCCGCGCCUGAGCAUCAGCAGCCAGGACUCCACAGACAUGACGUACCACCAGCAGUACACGUCGGAGAGCAUCAGCGGAAAGUCUUCAUCAGUGUUCAGCCAGAUGUCCAGUCCUAUCAAGAGCCCCGAGCCAAGUGUGGAGGAAGAGGAGGAAGAAGAAGAGGAGGAAGAAGAAGAAGAGGAGGAAGAAGAAGAAGAGGAGGAGACAGUUGAGGUUGAAGAGGUGGAGAUCGUCAACAUCAUACAACAGAAGCCGCUACCGGUGAUAGAGAAGAUCUCCAGGACGGAGGUGACGACUGAACUAAGAGAAGUGCCCCAGCCAACAAAGAUGGACACGCGUUAUUUUGGAGAGCUGCUGGCUGAUGUCUACAGAAAGAAUUGUGACAUCCACUCCUGCAUCUCCGAGCAUGUGUCCAAGAUCCGUGGAAAGAAACACCAGCUGGAUCCCAGCAAUGACUAUAAGGUAGAGAAAGAGGAGGUGGAGGCUUUGCUUCCCAAAGGAGCCACUGAACUAACAAAACAACAAAUCCGCUACCUGCUGCAGACUCGUCUCACUGCAGAUAAGAGCAUGCGUCUUCUUCUGUCCACCUUCAGCAGCCUGAGAGAGGAGCUCCUUCAAAUGUCAGAGGACCUGCGGCGUCUGGAAGGGGAGAAGGAAGCCUUGGAGAGAGAUCUGAGUUUCAAAGCAGACCAGGCUAAGCAGUAUGACUGCCUCCUGGAUGCCGUCAGAGAAAACAACAGACAGCUCCAGACGUCUCUGAAGGAAACCAUCAGCUCCCAGCGUACCCUGGAGAGCCAGCUCAUGACCACCCGGACCAGCGACUCAAGCCGCGACUUCAAGCUCAAAGAGAUGGAGGGGAGGAUGAGAGUGCUGGAGAAAGAGAACGAGAUGCUCCGACAUAAGCUGGAAGGCCAAGGCAACAGCAACAGCAACGCCCUGCAUAUCAAGACAGAGGAGUUGUCACGUCAGUACAAAGACCAGCUCAACUCCAUGAGAGCAGAAAAAGACCAGGAGAUACAGAGGCUGCGGAGCCAGAUAACAACUAUCCGGACGGAGAGCACCACCACGAAGACGAGCUCAGACAAGAGUCUCCAGCUGAAAAUCUCAGAGCUGCUCGCCAUGUUGGAGCAGCGACAGACCACCAUCACCCGACAGGAGGAGGAGAUCAGGAAGCUGAUGCAGGAGAGGAACGAAAGCUCCAAGAACCAAGUCACCAAGACCAUCAUCACCAAAAGGUACAGAAACCAGUACCCCAUCCUUGGUCUGCUGAGUGAUGACUACCAGGUCACCUCGCCCGUCAAAGAAGCCAAGACCAUCGUCAUUGAGAGAACGGGAGAGAUGAUCAAACAGGAAAUCAUUACAACCCCUUAAAGCCACACUGCUUCUCUCCGACAGGAAUGAUUGAACGACAAGAAGACCCAGACGUCACCCCCCCUCCCACCCCGCAUGUCCCAAUCUCAUUGCCCCCCUUCCCCCCCCUCAUCCUCAGGGCUCCCAGGGUUGGUGGUGGUUGAAGUCCCCCUGUCCCCCUCCUAAAUUUGGGAUGAUUGGUUCAAAUCUUUGGUUUGGCCAAAUUGGGCUGGUGACCGUUUUUAUUUGGGCUUUUUAUGAAAAAGAAUCAAAUCAAUCACAAAUCAAAUCUUUUAAGAGUAUGAUAUGUGCAAUGUAUUAAGGUGGCAGCAAUGAUACAACCCUGACAACUGGGAACUGGGCGAGAUUUGAACAGAACAAUUUAGUUCAAAAUUGGACCUGAGAUGAUUUAUUGUUCGGCAUGAACGAAUACUUCCUCUUCUUUUCUAAUUUUAUAACUUAAUUCUGCUUGAUUACAUCAAGGUUUAACGUUGAAAAUAUUUUAACAAAUGUCAGAUCAUAAUUAACAUAUACAACAUUGUCUAUUGAUUGGCUGAUCUCCAUACCACAGUAAAAUAAUAAAAUAAAAAUGUGUAUGAGGUUGUUUUUAAAAUAAUAGUCCAUGCUGUUCUUACCUUCUCACUUCUAAAUUUAAAUUGUAAUCUCUUGAUCUGACUCUGUCCAUUAACACUGAAACAUGGCAUACAAUGUUUCAAUGAAUAAUGUUUACUUUUUUCACCAGGUAAAUCAAUUAUGAGCACUCUGCCGUAGGGUUGGGAAAAUAUGAUACACUGCCUGCAAUAGAAUCACUAAACAUGUGAUUCUGUGAUAUAGUGCAAGACAGUCAUCUGUGAUACAUUACAAAGUAUGCAACUCAAGAAAAAUGGUGGACUAUAUUUAAGUAUAGUUAUUCCUGUAUUUGUGCCUGCAUGAUGAGGAGAUUUAACAGAAUUGAACUGUGACAAAUGAUGUCACAAACUAGCACAGUAAAACAUUCUUAAGUAAUAUAAGUUGCAGCUCCGUCUCAGUAUCACAGGAGAUUGUAUUGUGAUAUAUUACUGUAUCGAUUAUUUGUCCCAUCCCUACUGGGUAGCUUAUAAAUUACAGUUAGGCUGCGUUCAGCUCCACAUGGAUGUUGUCUUCCUUUUAAAUUUAAAGGGGGAUCUCCCAAAGAUUGGAUGAAAGAUAGCUUCCAAACGAAGAUUUGCUGUCCUAAAUCCACAUUCAACAGGUUUUUAGUAUGCAUGUACCACACAUACUACUGUAUAAACGUGACAAAACAAAGUAUACUUAUGCAUGUAAAUAUUAGAAGUAUCAUGAUUCUUUCAAACUUCCUAAAGACUUUGACAUCUGUCAUUCAUAUUUUCAAAUUCUUUCUUAUGGUAUCAAGUGGGACACCAGAUUUUUCUGGACUGUACGACAUAAACACCAUAUAGUCAGACUUUCGAUUUCACCACUCAUGCUUUUGAUUUCGAUAAUUGAAACUGAAAGCUCAAUUCAAUCGAUCUUUGAUUGAAUUGAACUGAAUUCAAUUGAAAUGAAUUCAGAGAAAUCGUGACUAUAUGGUAUAUUUUUGAGUGUGCUGUUGAUGGAUACUAGGCCAUGCAAAAAAUGAAUUAUUUGCAAUGGGAGCACCACGUAGCGUAUUUACACUACACACGCCAGCAGUGUAACAAUCUACAACCAAAGCUGCCUCCAUGGUGCUCCCAGCUGCUAGUGGCUGGGGACACAUGGCACAUUGACGGUGCAACCCAUGAGAAUUUGGUCGGACAACAGCAAAUCAACCAACCUACAAUAGUAGUUCCAAUUCUUGAUACACGAUCCUAUCGACGUGUGGUUGAUUCGAAUAACUAAGGUUCACUACCCUUACUGCAAGUCUAAGUAUAUAUGUUAAAGUUAAGUGAUAGAUUUUCAUAAAUUCAUGCAUUUUCUCAGUAAAGUGGUUCACUGAGAAAAGGCUCACUGAAUGGAAGACAAUGUUCUGAUGUGGAACCACAAGCUGCCUAAGUUACCAAAGGAACGCCGUCUCAGCUUCCAGUUGUCUUUAGAUCAGCCUGGCACCAUUCAACUUGUAGCAUGAGAUCUUCCUUAAAGCCACCACAGCCAUGUUAGACAAGAGGAUGAGGAAGUGGAUGUUUUACCAUGACUGCUACUUUGCAUGUAAAUAUUUAUAUAGUAAAUAUAUAUAUAUAUGUGUGUUGUAAGAUGGGCAUGCUAUGUGAAUGUUUUAUCCGGUGUGACUGUAGAGCAGCCCUCCUGCCAUUUUAGCUUUAACGAACAUUUAAAAAAUGUUUGGAUCGGGUAGUUUGCUUUGCUUUUGUUUUGUGCUAAAUGGUAGUUUUUAUCUGUCCACUGUUUAAUUGUCUUAAAAAGCAUUUUAUUUUGAAGUUGGUGUGUCUUGUUAGACUCGAAGGUGCAUGGUUAUGUGCUGUUCACAUGUAACCUUGAUGUGUUCGUGUAUGACAGUGGGAUCUGGGUGGGGCUGCGUGAUGUCUCACAUCCAUGAGAGAAAUGGACUCCCAUGGGUGUGAUGCAUGCAACUGGAGCAUGAUUUUAUGGGGUUUAUGAUGGUGGAAGAAAAUUUUUAAAGCACAAUAUAAUGUUAACUGUUUGAGUAUUUCUGUCUGUGUUUUCCUGGUUGUCUCUAUCAGGCUUUUUACAUAAAGAAGCAUGUUGACAGCUCCGUGUCCACUGGCUGCUCAUCUUGAGCUCGUCAGCUUGAUAGCACUUCUGGGCAGGAAGUUUACAGAAAGCUAAACACUGAAACUAGCUGACUUUACACUGAGGCUGAUUAUUUAUUGUUGCUGCUCCGUCACCAAAGCCUCCUCUUAAACUCGAGACUGCACUGCACACCAACACAAUCUCCCUAAUGUUAGGCCUGAUCUUAAUAAACAUCUGACCCAAAGUGUCACUGACCAAACGCCAGUAUCUGACAAGGUGGGAGUGAAAACAGGCCAUGCACACGUAGAUGCUUUCACUUGUUUGGUUUGUCUCCCAAACAAGCUUUGUGCACAUUAUAUAUGUAUAAAAGCUUUAUAUGUACAGGACAUGUAUUAAUAAAAGAGAUUCACAGAUGUAACUUAUACAGACAAACAGGUACAACGUGUGGUGGAAAUCAUGAACACACACGUUUUCUGAAGCAUUUGUAUUGCUCACUUGUCUCGCUCUUGGAACCUCAACUUUCAAUAUGUACGAAAGCCUCUUGCAUCAGAUACCUUUUCAUAUGCCUGUAUCUUAAGUGGUUCUACAGGCUGCAGCACCAGUUCCUACCUGCUGGAGUGUUUUAAAACAUCUUAUGUAACUAGUAUGCCCAGGUUUUGGCCAUACUGCGCCACAUUCCCCCUGUGAUUAACACUACUGAUAGAGAAGAGCUGCCCAGUGGACACAGAGCUGAAUUUCUGAAGCCUUUAAAAAUGUCUUGAAUAUCAUGGGACCUCAAGUGCCUCACUGUGUAACAUCAGCUUGUUAGCAAGCUAAUGUUAUGAUGUCAUUUUCAAACACUUUCGGCAACAUGGGACCAAUCGUUGCCCUCUGAGGAGACCAAUCCUGCCUUUCUUUGCCAGCUGAGAAUAAAUUUUAUGCGGAACUAAAUUAACUGGUUAUAGCUAAUCUGCAAAUAGAUGCGUUUAAAUAUAUUUUCGUAUAACAGUUUUCGUUAUUUUCCUGUUUAAGAGGAUUUGGACUGGUAGCCUGGGUACACUACCUCAGUCCUCUCCAAUGACAAAUGUUUGAGUUGUGAUAGAUUGUGAUUAAAAUCAGUAAUGUAUCUAU